AUGGGUGAUAAUUGCCAAGCAUGUCUCACGAGGGUUCCGCAUGCCACACUUAUAGCGACAAUAAUGUGUUGCCUGGGCGUGGGAGUGUUUUGUGGCACAAUGUAUCGAGGAUCAGCGCUUUCUAUAUUGAUGUUCGAUGAAGUAUUCCACUUUCGCCUCAUUUGGAUCGAAGCUCUUCAAAUGAUAUUUAUUGUUGGAAGUGCCUGUAUGGCUGCUUUAGGUUUCAUGCUGUUAUGCUUGGGAUGCCUCACAACAGGUGCUACGCGACAAAAAGUGUACAGAGCGUGGCGAGCAAGGGUUGGAGGCAGAAUAUCCUGCGCAAUAUUUAUGAUAAUAACCUACAUUCUAACAUUCACUUGGAUAAUUUUGCUUGGUUUCCUUGUGAUCACAACAUUCUUAUUCACUAUAUUUUGGAAAUUGUGCUCUAAACCGAGAAACAUUGACCAUUCGACAUGCAUCGAUUUUACUCAGUUUGAUUUUAUGUUCCCAUCCUCAGUAAGGCAGGAUGAUAUGAAAAUCUGUGAAGCACACAAAGUAAAACUCUUUUGUAAGGACUAUGUAGAAAAGGCAGAGUUUAUGUUCAUAUUGGCUAUGGUGUCAUGUAUUCUUGUUAUUUUAAGUUUGGUUCAUUAUUUAAUGUGUUUGUCUGCUAAUUACGCACAUAUCAGGGACCAUGAAAAAUUUCAAGAGUUACAGGAAUUGCAGUAUCUCACAAACCCUGACCUACACGCCUCUAAAGAUAGAUUCUAG